AUGGGGUCUUCUCAUGAUGAGAGAUUUCCAACGCUGGGUGAGCGCACUACGCCUUUGUUCCCGUCGUCACCUAAACCGCAGAGUCAGGGUGAAUACGACAUGCAUGAUAGCCCUACGCUACUGGAGGGACCCAGCGGUGCUGACCACUGGGGUGCCUCUAGGGGGUGUGGCAUCGAGAAUGAUGCUAACGACAGAUGCGUCCCUACAGGGAUGGGGCGCUACACUGGGGGGCAGAACAGUGAAUGGUGUCUGGCCAGACAGACUGAAGUCAGAACACAUAAAUUAUCUAGAGUUGCUUGCAGUGUUCUGGGCACUGAAACACUUCCAGGACAUAUUGAGAAACAAUCAUGUGUUAGUGAAGUCAGACAACUCAACAGUGGUAGCUUACAUCAACCGCCAGGGCGGCACUCGAUCCCUAAAACUACACAAGUUGGCGAAGGAACUGUUGCUCUGGUGCGGGGCUCAGUUCCUGUCGGUACGAGCAACACAUGUGCCGGGGGUACUGAACAGAGGUGCAGAUCUCCUGUCCAGGGGGAACCCCUUAUACGGGGAUUGGACCCUCCACCCACAAGUAAUAACACAGGUGUGGCAGAGGUUCGGGCAGGCAACCGUAGAUCUCUUCGCCUCGAGAGAAAACGCACAAUGCCCUCUCUAUUUCUCCCUAGCAGACGAAAAUGCACCACUGGGUGUGGAUGCACUAGCUCACCAGUGGCCAAACGCCAAGCUGUACGCAUUUCCACCAGUCAGCAUGAUAUCCCCCACUCUAGCCAGAGUCAGGGCACAGCGCCUGUCACUAUUAGCCCCGUAUUGGCCAUCCAAACACUGGGUAGCAGAGAUAGUACAGAUGUUGGAGAGCCCCCCGUGGCCCCUCCCCAUACGGAGAGACUUAGUCUCUCAGGCGAGAGGAGAGAUCUACCACCCACACCCAGAGAGGUUGGCUCUAUGGGCCUGGCCCGUGAGAGGUGGAAUCUAGAUGCAGUAGGCCUGCCCCCAGCAGUCAUCGAGACGAUCCAGGGGGCUAGAGCUUCCUCCACACAGAACCUAUAUAGCUGUAAGUGGCGUGUGUUCGAGGCCUGGUGCUCACAGAAAGAGAUAAUAUCCUUUCAGUGCUCAGUAGUACAGCUGCUAAACUUCCUACAAGACCUUUUAGAUAAGGGAAAGGCCUUUUCCACAAUAAAGGUGUACUUAGCUGCAAUCUCAGCCUGCCACGUGGGCUUUGGAGAUAAGACAGCAGGACAACAUCCCCUGGUGUGCCGCUUUAUGAGAGGCGCGAGACGCAAGCGCCCCAUCUCUAGACCGCUAGUCCCUCUUUGGGACUUAGCUCUGGUGCUGAGUGCUCUCAGUGCCCAUCCCUUUGAACCACUAGAGCACGUGAGUUUGAAGUUCCUCUCGAUCAAGACUGCUCUGCUCGUAGCCUUGACCACAGCAAAACGUGUGAGUGAACUACAGGCCUUCUCAGUGAAGCCCUCAUGUUUACAAUUCGGUACUGAUUUCAAGAAGGUUCGCCUUCGCCCCAAUCCAGGGUUUGUGCCUAAGGUAAUGGACUCAGCAUACAGGUGUCAGACGGUAGAGUUGGAGGCGUUUCAUCCUCCUCCAUUCAUCUCGGAGGAGAGUCAGGUGCUCAACUGCCUCUGCCCUGUCAGAGCCCUCAGGAUUUACAUACAGAGAACAGCUGAGUUUAGGAGACAUGAUCAGCUGUUUGUUGCAUGGGCCACUCACCACAGGGGACUACCUCUGUCUCGCCAGAGGUUGUCUCAUUGGAUCCUUGAAGCCAUAUCAGCGGCUUAUCAGAGUAAGGGCUCUCUACCGCCAGAGGGCAUGAGAGCCCAUUCAACCAGAGGCAUGGCCACUUCCUGGGCCCUGUUCAGGGGUGUGUCAAUAGGAGAACUGUGUAAUGCGGCGAACUGGGCCUCAGGGAACACGUUCGCUCGCUUUUACAGAUUAGAUGUAUCAGGCCCAUCUUUAGCUCACGCAGUACUGGGGGUAGGCUCCUCUGCAGUGGUCUAGAUGUCACAGCACCUCAGCUAGAGUACCUUGGACUACGUCUAGUGUGCAAUACGGGAGUGGGCUAUAUCUCCCAUAGUGAAACACCGAGCGAAGUUAGAAAAAGAACGUUAGGUUAUGGCUAUAACCCUCGGUUCUUUGAUAACAGAGUGAGGUGUUUCACCUAUCUUUCCCUCCUUGCACCAGGCAGGGAAGAAACCGUUAAGAAUGAUGGAUCACAGGAGGUCGCCGGGGUAUACACCCUGAGGGGCGGAGCCCGACCGCGUCGACCUGUCUGUCUUUGACAGACGUAUUG